ACUGGCCCCGCCUCUUCCUCUCGGUCCCAUAUUGAACCCGAGUUGGAGGAGGCGAGUCCGGUCUCAAAAUGGAGGUAAAACCGCCGCCCGGUCGCCCCCAGCCCGACUCCGGCCGCCGCCGCCGCCGCCGGGGGGAGGAGGGCCAUGAUCCAAAGGAACCAGAACAGUUGAGAAAACUGUUUAUUGGUGGUUUGAGCUUUGAAACUACGGAUGAUAGUUUAAGAGAACAUUUUGAAAAAUGGGGCACACUCACAGAUUGUGUGGUGAUGAGAGACCCCCAAACAAAACGUUCCAGAGGCUUUGGUUUUGUGACUUACUCUUGUGUGGAGGAGGUGGAUGCAGCAAUGUGUGCUCGACCACACAAGGUUGAUGGGCGUGUAGUGGAACCAAAGAGAGCUGUUUCUAGAGAGGAUUCUGUAAAGCCUGGUGCCCAUCUGACAGUGAAGAAAAUUUUUGUUGGUGGUAUUAAAGAAGAUACAGAAGAAUAUAAUUUGAGAGACUACUUUGAAAAGUAUGGCAAGAUUGAAACCAUAGAAGUUAUGGAAGACAGGCAGAGUGGAAAAAAGAGAGGAUUUGCUUUUGUAACUUUUGAUGAUCAUGAUACAGUUGAUAAAAUUGUUGUUCAGAAAUACCACACUAUUAAUGGGCAUAAUUGUGAAGUGAAAAAGGCCCUUUCUAAACAAGAGAUGCAGUCUGCUGGAUCACAAAGAGGUCGUGGAGGUGGAUCUGGCAACUUUAUGGGCCGUGGAGGGAACUUUGGAGGUGGUGGGGGGAACUUUGGCCGUGGUGGAAACUUUGGUGGAAGAGGAGGCUAUGGUGGAGGUGGCAGCAGAGGUAGUUAUGGAGGAGGUGAUGGUGGUUAUAAUGGAUUUGGAGGUGAUGGUGGCAACUAUGGCGGUGGUCCUGGUUAUAGUAGUAGAGGGGGCUAUGGUGGUGGACCAGGAUAUGGAAACCAAGGUGGUGGAUAUGGUGGUGGUGGUGGAGGAGGAUAUGAUGGUUACAAUGAAGGAGGAAAUUUUGGCGGCGGUAACUAUGGUGGUGGUGGGAACUAUAACGAUUUUGGAAAUUAUAGUGGACAACAGCAGUCAAAUUAUGGACCCAUGAAAGGGGGCAGUUUUGGUGGUGGAAGAAGCUCGGGCAGUCCCUAUGGUGGUGGUUAUGGAUCUGGUGGUGGAAGUGGUGGAUAUGGUAGCAGAAGGUUCUAAAAACUCAACAGAAAAUGGUUGAAUGAGAACCCUACUUGCCUAAAUGAGGAAUGUCUUUCCUACCAUCUUAUAUACGAAGGUUUCUGGCUGGGGUAAGGUUUGUAGCAUACAGUAAAACCUGAUGACGCCAUUUCUUUCCCUACACAUUUACAUUACGUAUUUGAAAACUAUCCAUCCCUCUUCGAUAGAUAAUGUUGGCAAAAUUCUUAAGUUUGAAAACUUUCUUAAAAUCACACUAGUACUUUUUAAACUUUAGUUAUAAUUUCCCUGCAGUACCCAUGAAUGUUCAUCUUGAGUUAGAGGUGGCUCUUCACAUGUACUCAUUCUUUGUUAGUGUCUUGAAGGUACAGUCAGUUUUUGGUAAGGGAAAGAGAAUAACCUCAAAUUUUAUGUAAAAAAAAUAAAAAGUUUGUAAGAAAGUGACUUGUAACAGGCAUUUAAGCUGCCAAUCCUCAUUUUAGGAAAAAGACCUUGGAAUGAACUGGCAAAGUUAUCAGCUUGUGUACACACAAAAAUGGUUUUCAGUCAGGUAGCCUCUCAUACAUAAAUUGUUUUAUGUAAAUUCAGAAUAGUUAUUUGGACCACAUGGAUGAAUUCUUGGUUCCUUUUUUCUCCUGUUAACUGGAAGCAGUGGAAGUCUACACUAACACUAAUUUUUUAAAGAUUGUUUUUUCCUAUAGUUAAAAUUACACAGUUAACAUUUAAAUCAGUUGCUGAAUGUUCAUAAGGGCUAUUUUUGCUGCCCCAAAAGGGCAUAUUAAAAAUUGAGAAUUAAUGUAAAAUCUUAAAAAAAGAAAAUAAAACUGGGCACAGAUAGAAAAAAUACACACUAGCUUCUAAAUUGUAAACCAGGUUGCUACAUAAACAGGAGUACUGGGUUUGCUACUGAAUCUCAGGGCUGAAGAUACACCAUAGAAUGAGAUGUUGAGUAAGGUAAAGAGCCUUAUUCACCAUGGUCUUAGUGAAGCAAAUUUCCUAUAGUAGGAGACAUUUUCUCUCUUUUAUGGUAUUGUCCUUUACAGCCCAUCUCAUUUCUAUAUGAAAUAAAGUGAUUUUAUUUAAAUAAAAGUUCUUCUGUCCUUUCUGAAAAAUACUGUCUUGUAGUCUGUAGUACCAUUGAACAAAGGAGGUGGUUACAAAAGGGGAAACUGGUUGAGGCAUACCUUUUAAUUGAUGUUAAAUAAGCAGAGUUGUAGUUUGCUAUUUUCAAUACUACAUUUUUAAAAAAUACAAUUUACACUCAUGUCCUGAAGGAGAAUAUUUCUGUAAGGAACGUAAUGCAAAUGAACUUCACUUUAAGGAUUUGGGUACAAUACUAGCUGGAAUUUGAGAUGUUUUUAACUAUAGUAUUUGGAGUUAACUAAUUUAUGUCAAAGGAGAGAAAAAGCAUGUGAAUUUGAGGAGUAAUGCAAGGAUUGUAGCCUGUCUUAAGUAGCUAAAUUACUUCUAAGACUUUAUUUUAUUCUGAUUUUUAGGAAGAGGUGGUCUGUAACAUUCAAAUGUUUGAUUUGUAGUAUAAUGAAAUGUUUACAUAAAUAACUUUCAUUAAAAUAUUUUUAGAAAUGUGUGUUGUUUCAUCACUUUACAAUGUUCACGCAUACUGGUAACUGUUCAUGUACCUAUUUCAUAGGUAGUACUUGACUAGUAAGCAGUGAAGUAACAGGAAACUGGGACUGUGCCUUUAUCAUUGUUGGACAUAUAAAUUCUCUUAAUGAAAAAUGGAAAUAAGCAUGGAAGAAAAAAAUAGGUACCAUCUUAAACAGUUGAGAAUUUGUGACCAGUUAUUUGUUGCUUAAAAGGACUAAAUCUUAAGGGAGAGAAUAUGAGAUACUUGGAUGUCAAUCUUGUGGAGAAAAAAUGGAACAGGGUUGCAGCACAUUGUGCUUCUGUUUGAAUACUGGUUUCAUAAUCUGCACAGUUAAGUGAAAUCGUAUGCCUUAUAACACCAGUUUGAUGAGUCCUAAAACAACUGAUAGGACAAGAGCAUACUUCAUUCCACCAGAAUAUGCCCAUCUUUUUUCUGUAAAAUAUUGUUAUGAAGAAACAUGUGCAAAAGAUUCAGGCAGCAAGAUUAAAAAAACUCAGAAACUUCUAUGUUCUUACCCAUCAAAGACAACUGUCAUUUUGUGUUUUUGUGGUUUUUUUUGCAAAGAUAGAAUCCUUUUAUGUAUUAGGUUGAUUAAAUUGAAAAAUUUAGAGGGAGUGAGGUAAUAGGUGCAACGGGUCGUUUUUGCGCGUAUGUUAUUAAAGACUUAACAUCAGGUAAUAGCAAGCAAGGGUGCAUUGAAAUGGGCAUUCUUGGAGGGUGGUAAAUGGGCAGGUCUGAAAGCUAGCCAGGCAAUAUUAGUUUACCUACACUAAUCAGCUUUCAGGACUUUAUUGUAAAGAUAACAAAUAUGAAUAGAGGACACUAUAUACAGGGGUGUUAAAAGCUUUAAAGUAUUAUUAAAAGAUAAAUUUUAUGUUAAUUUUCACUGCACAAACCCAUGGGUCAGUACAGACGUAACAAUUCAUUUUAAUUAAGGGGCUUACAGUAUUCACAGACAGUGAUUGGAUCAAAUGGUAAGUAGCUGCAGCUGGAAGUUACAGUGCAGGUGAUUUUCAUGUUGCAUACAUUUUUGUAUUAACACGUUGAGUAGAGAUCCUUUUUUAAAUACUGACUUUUUUUUUUUUAAUGGCAUCAAUAGGUACUAGAGGAAAACACAUUUAGAUUCUUUUCACUCCUUUAUAUAAGGUUUUGUGUGUCAAAAAACGUUUUGUGAUCUUGAGCAAAUUUUUUUAAUAGCUCUUUUGGACCCCUUCAUAGAAUGAUGCAUAAAAUGUAUGUGAUUACUAAAGAAAUACUGUGUUGAAAAGUUACCAAAAGACUGAUUUAGUAAAAUGUGCUUUGAAAAUUGAAGUUUAGUGGUUUUAAUUUCUAGCCUUAAAGUGCAUAAAUGGGAUUUUGGGAAUUUUUGCAACAGCAAUUUGAUACUAAGUUUGUGAAUUUUAGGCUGAUGACAGAGUCAAUUGUGAAUACCCCUAGUUGUGUAUAUAAUGAAGGAAAUGCUGCAUUUCAGUUAAAUGUUAGUAAAAAUAAAGAUGUGACUUUUCCCCAUCAAAAUUUUUAGGUUUGCUAAAUUCUAUGCAGGUUAAAAACUUGUUCUUAAACCAAUUUCUUUUUUGUAAAAUGGUGAUAACGCCCAACUUUAGUAACUGAGUGUAAAAUACGAGCUUAAGAGUUUCAUGUAAUGCCUGGCUCAGUUUCUAAAGUUAUUUUUGUUAAUAGUGAUGAGUAAUGUCUUAGCAACAUCUUGAAGCAUCCUAAAAUUUAAAUAGGUGACAAGGUUAUUUAUGCCAUGGCUGUUAAUGUUUUUCACAUGCAAGAUUGAAGCUUUAUGGUCUUUGAAGUUUUUUCCCCCAAGUUUUCAAGAACCUGUAUUAAUAUCACCUGAAAACUGAAACCGUCCUAAUAAAUAUUUGAACUAUUUAAAAUAGGAAUGGGAGUUGCUGUUCUGUAUUAAGUUCUGAAGCUUAGUCACAGAAACACGGGCAUAGCAGAUGCUAUAAAUAAGGUAUGUUUGAGCAGUUCCCCUUCAAAGCAUGGCCUCGAGAAAUUUCUGCAAGAAAAUGUAGAUUUCAAACAGUACUUGAUAACACCUCAACAUAAAUAGGCACAAGGUACGCGUUUUAAAACUACAGAAUUGAACCUCUUGAGAAAUUGAGUUCAAGUAUGUUUUAACAGUUGCAUAGUCAAAUUUAGUCUGAGGGCAGUCUGGUACCAAAGCUAAACUAGGACAUCUCAAAUUCAGAUAAAGUGGAAGACUUCUUUUGGUCAGACGAGUUAGGAUUUGAGUUUUUACUUUACAGAUUUACAUAAUGCAGUGUUCAGUAGCUCAAGAAAUUGUAGAUAGUGUAAGAAGGUUGUACAGUUACUUGUAUGGACUAAGCAAAAUAUUUUGAAAUAGAGUAACACGGAAUGCAAGAAGGUGUCAGCUGGCAGGCUUGUAGGAGUCUUCUGGUUUACCCAGAGUGCGCUUCCUGCUUCCAGUAAAUACCAGCUAAUUGUAUGUGUUCCAGAUGAGGCUAACAGAUAUUUGCCCCCCUCCCCUCAACCCAUGAUUGAGUUUGGCUCUACGGGUGGAAACUUUAUUCAGGAUCUAGGAUUUUUAUGUUCUGAAGUUCGCAAAGUGGUGUUCGCAAAGUGGUGUCCCCAAAGAUCCAUUUCCCCACAACCACCACAGGAGGAAAUUUGACAGCAUGAGGGGCCCAUAACGAAAGGCUGAGGACACUAUUAUUUGAAUCCCUGGAGCCAAUAGUACUUGAAAUCAUUCCCAUCUCUGGGCUUUCUGGUCAUCUAGGCUAACCAUUUUGGUUUCUAGUGCUAGAAACCAAAAAGCAUCUUAAUACAAGGCUAAAGAGAACUGACAGUAACCAUUAUAGGAUGCUUACUGUAAGCUAGGCACAGUGCUUUUUAUGAGGUACUAUAACAGUCCCAUUUUACACAUGAGGAAACAAAGCUUAAGAGUGCUUGAAUACUUGGCUGGAGAUCAUUCUAGGAAGAUGGCACAAACCCAGGUAGUCUGGCUCCAGGGCCUGUGUUCUUAACCACUACACAAUCUUAAGGGAUUGAUGGGACUUCUGGCUGAUUGACAUACAGUGCUUUUAUAAAUGUAUACUUAACUGCUAGAAGACUCCAUUAUUUUCUCACUUCUAAAGAAACCUUGCAGACCUAUGAACAAGAUUGCUUAAAUGAAUAGUGAAUCUGCGUUAAUGGCUAACUUUUGUAUAGCAUGGAAAUUUUUCAGUAUUUUAAGGGACUUCGCUUUUGCAGCCUUGAUACAAUUUAUCUGUCAAACCUGAAGUGUCCAAAAGUCAUGAUCUACCCACCUAGACCACCUCUGUCAAGUCUUCCUUGUUAACUCCAUUCUUGUAGAUGCUCCGUCCUUGACACUUGCACCCAACUUCCAUUCUGUCAGGAAAGCCUUUUACCUUUGAAACAUGCAAAAUUCAAUGCCUUUUCACUAUCUCCCUUGCUGUCACUUUGGAUCAAGCCACUAUCACUUGUGGAUAUUGGAGAGCCUGCCAGCUGGUCUCCCUGCUCCCACCCAUAUCCUCUAGGCUUUUUCAAUACACAAGCCGGAGGGAACGUUUUAAAAACCAGUCAGAUGUAAACUGCUUGAGUCCAGUAGCUCCCCACUUCACUUGGUAAAAACAAAACAACUUAUGAAGGCUUAAGGCUUUUUGCCAUGCCACUCCCUAUCCUCCUCCCUCUCUUCAGCCGUCUUGUCCUUGUUCUUUCUCAAAGUGACCUCAAAGUCUUUGGACUUGUAGUGUUGUUUGUGACGCUCUUGCAGCAAAGGGAAUGGCUGCUCUCCCACACCUUAAAAUAUUGCCACUUCAAUGAGGCUUUUUCUGUUUAGAACCCUAUUUUAAAUUGUGAUACUUCCCUUUUCACUGGUCUUCCCAACCCUUUCUCUUCUAACAUACUAGAGUAUGUUUCCUGUCUACCCCUACUAGAAUAGAAAUUCUAGGAAGGCAGACUUGUCACUGAGCAGUACCUAGCACACAGUAGCCAUAUAUUUAUUGAAUGAAUUUAUUGAAUGAAUGAAUGAAUGUUUUCAAGUUAAACUGUAGGUUCAUCUUGGUAGAGAUGGACCUACCCUGCUGUUGAAGUGAUAAAAUAUUUUCUUGAUAUAUUUUCUCUAUAUUUCUAGCACCAAAGGUCUAAUAUAAAAUACUUUCUGUAUUUUCAAAGAAAAUAUUAUCUGAAUGUGUUUGAUGUAUUAUGGUUUGUCUAAUGGAGAAUACUGUGUGAAUAAACUUGAAUCCUGAUGAAAUAA